CCUACGUAGUUAAUGCUUCACAUCAGUGCUCAAGAUACCGUCUGUUUUCUUUAGGAGGGUGGUUUCAAGUCUUGCGCGGAGAUAUACCAGGAAUUUCCUCAGACCGAAAGUGGUUAUUACUGGGUAAAUAUUGGAAAUAGAGAAGCCCAAGUUUAUUGUGAUAUGAAGAAUUAUGGUGGCGGCUGGACUUUGGCUGUGAGUAUCAGCUCCAAGAAUAACGAUCAUCUUCAAAGAAAUGUCAACAGCUGUCUUAACUCAAUACUGUGCGUGUCUUUUGCUGAGAAUAACAUUACAGGCCGGAAACUAAGCGACGAGGAUAUACAUAAACUGGCACAUAAUGAAGGAAUAUUCAGAGUGGAUGUAUUGGUUACUCAAGUCGUUGUGUUUUACCAGAUACCAAGUGGACCUGAACAGUUCGACUCUUCUUGUGCCAGAGGAAAAUGUCCACGCAUCAUCAUUUCCCAUUCUUACCCAUAUGAGUGGGAGACCAACAACUGCACUACUACUGAUGUGGGAUAUCGCAUUAGUCACGGAUGUCAUAGCGGUAAGCAGGGAUGAUGAACUAAUGGUCAGUGUAUAUUCUUUUAAAUUCCUUCCAAUUCAAGCCAAGAACACAGCAAAAG